CAAACACAAGGAAAAAGGCAUGCAUGAGCACAGUGUUCUGUAGCAUCUUGUCUAAGACGACUCAACUAGGAGUGUUGGGAAGAAGAUUUUGACCAUGGCAGUGGUGGUGCUUGAUAACAUGCAAGCACUUGAUGAAGCGAUAUCAAAAUCUGGAAGAAAACUUGUAGUUGUUACUUUCUCAUCUCAAAAUUGUGGUCCUUGCAGACCUGUACCUGCUUGUUUGGAGGCAAUAAGUGAAGAAAUGCCUGAUGUAGUGUUCGUUAAAAUUGAAGUUGGUAAAGAUGACGAAUAUACAAAGCGAUUCUGUAUCAAAGGAGUGCCAGCAUUCUUUUACUUCAAGAACGGACAAAAAGUGUACAAUUUUGAAGGAGGAAACCUGGGCCACUUUAGACAAAAGGUCGAUCAACUGAGAUUUUAAACGCCAUGGAAUUACACUGAACAGUGUGAGACUUAUUUGCCAAGGCAGAGAAAAGAACAGUGAUAACAAUUUAUUGUAAUUCCUAGUAAACCAAUUAUAUAUCGCUUUAAACCAGAUGAUAAUUAGAACUAUGUGAAAUUAGGUACAAUUGGAAACAGAACUUUGCCUUAUUUUAUAAAUCUAAAUGUCUCCAAUUUUUUUUUCACUUAAAAUAAAUAACCUUUUUUAACCACAAUAAAGAUUGCAUUUAUUACA